CGUGCACCAAAACAGUAGCGUUCUAAUUAAUCAGAUUUCCUCGAAAAUAGCCUUCUUUAAACAGGCUGGGUAAGCUGAGGGGAGGGCUCCAAGGUUGGGAGGUCAUGGUAUAAAAGCAACCAGGAGUCAGUGAUUGGCUCUCACACACACGCAACACGGCGUCCGACAACAGUAACUGAUUACAGGAGACAGUAGAGAAGACUCGUGGACAGAACUGAGGGAGCGACUGAAUCUAUAACUUUGCUAUCAACAUGUCAAAGGUAUUUAAGAAGACCAGCGGCAACGGACAUAUUGCCCUGUACUUGGGGAAGAGAGACUUUGUGGACCAUGUGGAUUCAGUGGAAGUAGUUGACGGUAUUAUUAAAGUGGACCCUUCAGGUCUUGACGGCAAAAAAGUGUUUGUCUACCUUGCUUGCGCCUUCCGCUAUGGAAGCGACGACUUGGAUGUUAUUGGGCUGUCCUUCAGGAGAGACAUCUGGAUACAGCGCGUUCAGGUGUAUCCACCGACAGGUGAAAACACAACCAGAACACCAAUGCAGGAAUCCCUCAUGAAGAAAGUUGGAGAGCAAGGAUGUCCCUUUACCUUCCAGAUGCCAACAAAUCUCCCAUGCUCAGUCUCCUUACAGCCUGCGCCAAAUGAUUCUGGCAAGGCUUGUGGUGUGGACUUUGAGGUAAAAGGAUACAUUGCCAAUGCAGCCAACAAUGUUGAUGAAGUCAUUGAAAAGAAGGACACGUGUCGUCUGAUGAUUCGCAAAAUACAAUUUGCACCAGCUAACAACAAGCCCGGACCCAAGGCUGAUAUUGCCAAGCAGUUUAUGAUGAGUGACAAACCUUGUCACUUGGAGGCCUCCCUUGAAAAAGAGAUUUACUACCAUGGAGAUCCAAUCACCGUCAAGGUGAAGGUCAACAACGAAACCAACAAGGUUGUGAAGAAAAUCCAAGUCUCAGUUGAGCAGCUAACAAACGUGGUGCUCUACUCAUCUGACACUUACACCAAGGCAGUCUGCUCUGAGGAGUUUGGGGAGACAAUUAACUCCAACGCCACAUUGGAGAAGUCCUUCCAAAUAACCCCCCUGCUGGCCAACAACAAAGAGAAGCGGGGUCUUUCAGUGGACGGACGGCUAAAAGACGAGGACACCAACCUAGCAUCCACCACCCUGAGUCAAGGAGACAAGGAGAUGCAGGGAAUCAUCAUCGCCUAUAAAGUCAAGGUCAACCUGAUGGUCGGCGGAGGAGGCCUGCUGGGUGGCCUAACAGGAAGCGAUGUCACUGUGGAGCUUCCUCUGACUCUGAUGUCCCCAAAACCUGCCGAAGUCCAAUUGGAUUAAACGCCUCAGUAGUUCAGGACAGACAUCUCACUUCAGGACACGGAGGGUUGAGACGACCCGCGAAGGAAAAUCACCUCUCUGACAGAGAAUACAGAACACAAAGGAACUCAGCACCAAUGAAGAAAAGUACAAAGUGUCAUUGAAUCACUACAAUGUUUUUAUUUCACCUGUACAUAUACAGUUUUAUUAGGCAGCAUUACCACGAAAGGAGUCACUGAAAAAGAGUCUAUACUCUGUGUGACAUUUCUCUGAAUACCAUUAUAGAAUUAAAUAGAAAUAAACAUGUAUUGUACAUUUUUGUUUGUCAAAAGAAAUGUCCUAUAGUAUAGAGUGUAGACUUUUCUUUCUAUGUGUUAUGAUUACCAAACCUUUAUCUAUCCUUAACCUUUAUUGCUGUGUCAUUAGAGCCAUGAUAUAUUAUGACCAAAUGUACAGCUGUGGGAUGAAUAUCCCCAAAAUACUCCUAUUGUGUCACUCUUUAUCAACAGGAGCAGUUAAUAAACACAUUGGUUCCCCAAUUAUUUGAUUAUGCUUGUUUAUUUUGCUCAGUAUUUUUAUGUAAAGCCUUGUGUUUUGUUUUUAAAACUGAGAGCUUCAUUAUAUCAACAAAGUGCUUCAUUACAAAAAUGACAAAUUGGAAAAAAAAAAGUAGCUCUGAUAUGAAGAGUUCAUUCUAAGUUAACAAAAACACAACGAUUCUUAGUUUCAGGUGAUUUAUACGCAAAUGAAAACAUAGUUAUGAAUAUUAUAUUCCUGCUAAUAGGUCACCCAAAAUCCUACACACUGGCCCUUUAAUAAUUUUACUAAUAAAAGUGAAAGAACCAUUUUAAAACAGUGUUUUCUUAUCAAAGCUUU